GUGACCCAAUGUAAUGUUCCCAUACCAAGUGUUACGCAAUUUAAUGUACCACUGCCUAAUGUGAACAUCCAUUCUGAUGUGGCUCCCAGCCGAAUGCAACCUGAUGGUAGUCAGUCUUUGCCACCCUAAGCAUGCGAUAAGGCUUGGGAAGUGAGUACGCCUGCCAGACAGUGUGUUGCCCCUCAGACUGGCAUGGGAGCUGGUUGGUUGUCCACUGGGCUCAUCGGGUCACACCCACAGCAACGUAAACAGGAUAAGGACAACUCUUAUAAGCAACACCACUGUCCCUUCUGUAAUAAGCAGUUUCGAAGAAAGGACCACCUCACUCAACAUAUCCGUAUUCACACCGGCGAGAAACCAUACUCCUGUCCCCGUUGUGGACGAGGCUUCAAUCAGAAAAGUCCACUGAUGUAUCACAUGAGUAUUUGCCAUUAAAGUUGGGAUCAGGUUGUAUGUGACCUUUUGUGACAAAGAGGCCAUAAUGUAUGUUGACACAUGAAUAUCCUUUUUUGUUUUGUACUUUUAUAACGGGAUUGUGCAGAUAAAAGAUUACACAUGAUCUGGAAGAAACACAAGUUUUUCUCCCCCCCCCUCCCCCCUGAGCUCUCUUGUAAUAACAGGGUUGAUGACAAAGCUUUACUGACUGUGGCACUAGAACUUUUAACAAAUGGAUGGCUCUAGAAAUAUUUUGUGCUUAUGCCUUUUAGACAGUGAAUCUUAGCUUGAUUAGCAUAUUUCUGUACUGACACCAUACUUCUGCCUUAUAGAAUUUUAUGUUUUCAUUGUAUAGUGGACAGUUAGCCUUCGUUCGUAACAUUUGGAUGGAAGGAGUAGAUGUAAUAAAGACAUUCUGACUGCAAGCAGUCAUUAUAGGUUAUCGUAAUAUUUAAGAUGAUGAUCGUGGGUGUGUGACUAGGCUUUGCCGUGUGUUGCAGGGUGAUGGUGGUAUGGGUGGAUUGGCUGUCAAGCUACCACACCUCUGGCUGUCGGGAGGGUCAGGCAUAGGAAGCCACCCGCAGUCCAUGCCACAGCAGCACCAGCAUCCACAUCAGCAACGCCACCAGCAGGGACUACCUGACCCCCGCCCAUAUGCUUGCUCCUUCUGUGGUCGUCGUUUCAAGCGCUCUGAUCACCGACGACAGCAUGAGCGGCUGCACACAGGCGAAAAGCCCUAUGGCUGCCCACGAUGUGGUGCCAAAUUUGCCCAACAAAGUGGUCUUCAUUAUCAUAAAAUUAAUGCCUGUCGUGAAGAGCCACAUGUUGGCACAUAGUUGAUGCUCAUGCUUAUGUGAGCACUCAGUAUACUACAGUUAGGUAUAGUUAGAAUACCAGAUAUGUUAUUUACAAUAGAGAAGGUUUUUUUCUUACCUUUUUUAUGCGUGUGUGAAAGCAAGGAUACAUUUUUUCCUCAAAAUUAGAAAAGCAUAUCCUGGGAUGCAAAUUAUUUGGUGUUUGUCUCAUGAAUUGUUUACUAAUUUUAUUAUGAUUAGUUAGCAGAAUAUGAAGAUUGGAAAUGGGAGAAUGUGAUUAUAAGUCAUUUAUUUUUUUAUUGGUACUUUUUAAAUAGACUCAUGACCAUGAAAUUCAGGAUUUGAAUGUAUGAAUUGUAUAAGUAAAAAAUAAACUGUAUCAGAGCUAAGAAAGAGUUCAGGAAAAUGUCGUGAUUACUGUGACAGCUGCUGAUGUUGGGUGGAUCUGUAAUUAG